AGCGCCCAGUUUAUGUUACAUUAUGACAGUUUCAAAUCUAACAGUGAACGGAACACUUCGGCCCUAAGCAGCGCGCGCGAGAUAGCUGAUGGUGUUUCAAAAACGCGCGCACGCGAUCAAUCUAACGACAUGUUCAAAACGAUCCUCCCCCUCCUUCUUCUGAGUGCUCUAUCCUGGCACCAUGCCGAAUCAUCCCGCAUCCUAGGUGUGUUCGUUUUCCCUGGCCGCAGCCACUGGAUGAUGAUCGAUGCCAUCCUGAAUGGUCUGCUUGAUCGAGGCCAUCAGAUCACCGCCAUUGCCAACUAUCCCCUGUCGAGAAAACACGAGAACUACACUGAACUGCGGGUGGCACCCAUCUACGACUUCUGGAAGAAUUCCGUCAAGGUGGAAUCACUGUACGAUCUAACGGAUAUAUCGAUCCACCGAAUGUUGAUGGAUUUCCUAUACAAUUUGGGCCUGGAGACGGCGCAGCAUGGAUUUACUAGAGAAAAUGUUAGGGACUUCAUACGGAACGAUGACAGUCAUUUUGAUUUGAUUUUAGCCGAACAGUUCUACCAGGAGGCGUAUCUGAUGUUCGCCCACAAGUACAAGGCUCCCAUCGUAUCUGUAGGAACAUUUGGCUUCGCACAUUACAUGGGCCCUAUGAUGGGUAUGAUGAACAUGUUCUCGCAUGUCCCUCACGAGUUUCUGCCCUUCAUGGACAAGAUGAGCUUCCCACAGCGUAUCUACAAUGCAGCGGUAUCAUUGUAUGAGCAGACGUUACGAUCCUUCUACUACUUACCCCAGCAGGAAACGAUGGCACAGGAGAACUUUGGACAUCUCCCUGGUCCUUUGCCCAAGGUCGCCGAUCUUGAACGACAAGUUUCUGUGGUUCUGUUGAACAGCUACUAUCCAUUGACGACGGCGCGGGCUCGAGUUCCCGGGAUGGUUCAGGUGGGUGGACUCCACAUUAAAGAACCUAAGGCUCUGCCGGAGGAUUUGAAGAAGUUUUUGGAUGGAGCAAAGCAUGGCGCCAUCUACUUCAGCUUGGGUACAAACUUGAAGAGUUCGGAUAUGCCAAAGGAUAAGCUGGAAGCCAUUCUGAACGUAUUCCGAUCGAUGAAACAGCGUGUGGUGUGGAAAUAUGAGGACGAAUCGGUGAAGGGGCUUCCGAGUAACGUACUGAUCAAGUCGUGGAUGCCACAGAGUGACAUUCUAGCGCAUCCAAAUGUGAAGGUUUUCAUUACCCAUGGAGGAUUGCUGGGAACUCAGGAGGGUGUUUAUCGAGCGGUUCCCAUGCUGGGCAUUCCGAUCUACUGUGAUCAGCAUUUGAACAUGAAUAAGGCCGUGCUGGGUGGUUAUGCCGUUCGGUUGUACUUCCCGAACAUCACCGAGACUUCGUUCCGGUGGGCAUUGAAUGAGUUGUUGUACAACCCGGAGUACAAGAAAAACAUGGACAGGGUUUCCGGAGUAUUCCGGGAUCGGCCGGUACCGGCCCUGGACGAAGCGGUAUACUGGACGGAGUACGUGAUUCGGCACAAGGGAGCUCCGCAGCUGCGAUCGGCAGGAUUGGACUUGCCGUGGGUUAGUUUUGUCAUGUUAGAUAUGGUGGCUCUGGUGGUGGGGGUUGUAUUAGUUCUUGGGUGGGUGUUGAGGAAGUUAGCACGUGCUUUCAUAUGCCGCAAUGAUGGAAAGCGUAAAAGAAAAGCCGAAUAAAGCGUUAUUAAAGUAAA